CCCCCUGAACCUGAAGCAAGAGCGUACAGGGACUAUACUCUCUCAGACCCGCCGCUUCCACUCCGUCAAUCUCAAAUCUCGCCGUCGCCUCUUGCCGUCCAAGCAAAAUAUACUUGUUUGACCGGAGAAUUCGAGGUUGAAGGUAGAUGGAGGUCUUUGACAUUCUCUAAAUUCUGUGCUUUUAGUUUAACCAACUUUCUGACAUUUAGAUGCAAGGCUUAAAAUCUCCUUGAGAUGCAAAGAAGGGUAAACAAAAGCAGCAAGUAUGACUGGAAAUGAGAAAAGAUCUGUUCUUCAAUUUGCACCCUUCCAGAGUGCUGUAGAUGAGGGUUUCUGGCAUAGGUUAUCUUCUCUAAAGCUCAACAAGCUAGGAAUUGAUGAAUCUCCUAUUCCUAUUACUGGUUUCUAUGCACCCUGUUCACAUUCUCAAGUCUCAAAUCAUUUAACUCUUCUUGCUGAAUCCUUGCCACCUGAACCAAGUGAACAAUCAUUAGUAACAACCACCACCCGUGGCAACAGGAACAAGUGUUCUGUCCCUGGCAUCCUGUACAACACAAAUACACUAGAGGGUUUCCAUGCCCUUGACAAACAGAGCUUGCUAAAGGCAGAAGCAGAAAAGAUUUGGGAGGACAUUCAUUCUGGAAAAGCUGAGGAGGACAAUGCGGUCCUUUCAAGAUUCCUUCUUAUAUCAUUUGCAGACCUCAAAAAGUGGACCUUUCACUAUUGGUUUGCUUUCCCCGCUCUGGUGCUUGAUCCUCCUGCAAUCUCAGUUGACUUAAGGCCAGCUUCCGAGUGGUUGAGCGUAGAGGAGGCUGAAUCAUUAUCAGCAGCUUGUAAUGAGUGGCGUAGUUCAAGUGCAACUGCAGACGUGCCAUUUUUUCUGGUGUCUAUUGCUUCAAAUUCACAUACUAAUAUUAAGCAUCUCAAGGACUGGGAAUCCUGCCAGCAUGAUGGCCAUAAGCUCCUUUUUGGCUUUUAUGACCCAUGUCAUCUUCCAAGGAAUCCUGGUUGGCCCCUUCGCAACCUUCUUGCCUUUAUUUGUUCAAGAUGGAAUCUUGAGAAGGUUCGCUUCUUUUGCUAUCGUGAGAAUCAUGGUUUUGCUGAUCUAGGAUUGUCCCUCAUUGGUGAAGCCUUGAUACCAGUUUCACAAGGAUGGAAAGAUCAUCAUGGUGUGCGUAAUGCCACAGGAUGGGAACUUAACAGGGGAAAGAAGGUACCAAGGUGUAUUAGCCUUGCUAAAUCCAUGGAUCCAAUCAGGUUAGCAACAUCAGCUGCGGAUUUGAACUUGAAAUUAAUGAGAUGGCGUGCUUUACCAUCUUUAAAUUUAGACAUCUUAUCUAUAACCAAGUGUCUUCUCUUAGGGGCAGGUACACUUGGGUGCCAGGUUGCUAGAAUGCUUAUGGCUUGGGGUGUCCGAAAAAUUACACUAGUUGACAGUGGCAAGGUGGCCAUGUCUAAUCCAUUGAGGCAAUCCCUAUACACAUUGGAUGACUGCCUCAACGGUGGUGAUUUUAAAGCCAAAGCAGCAGCUAAAAGUCUGAAGAGAAUAUUUCCAGCUGUGGAAACCGAAGGUGUUGUGAUGGCCAUUCCAAUGCCUGGGCAUCCAGUGUCAAGCCAAGAAGAGAAUAAUGUGCUUCAGGAUUGCAGACGGCUGCACGAUUUAAUUGAUUCUCACGAUGCUAUUUUCUUAUUGACUGAUACCAGGGAAAGUCGAUGGCUCCCUACUCUUCUUUGUGCCAAUGCAAACAAGAUUACCAUGACUGCAGCUUUAGGGUUUGAUAGUUUCUUGGUUAUGCGCCAUGGAGCUGGUCCCCUCAGCCCCCCUCAUGAAUCAAAAGCUGAUGUCGUGAAUACUUUAGCCACGGAAAUGGGAAACUUCUCCAUGGCAGAUGCAGAUGGAGAAAACAGAUUGGGUUGUUACUUCUGCAAUGACGUGGUUGCACCUGUUGAUUCAACUGCCAACCGCACUUUGGACCAACAGUGCACAGUUACGCGGCCAGGGCUUGCUCCUAUUGCUUCGGCCCUUGCUGUUGAACUUUUAGUGGGAAUUCUGCAUCAUCUUCAUGGGAUAUACGCCAAAGCUGAGUUUGCAAACUCUACCGCUAGUGGAAGCACUGAGCAACCCCUCGGUAUAUUACCACAUCAAAUUCGAGGAUCACUGUCACAGUUUUCUCAGAUGACACUGGUGGGACAUUCCUCCAGAAGUUGCACUGCUUGUUGUUCCACAGUGGUGUCAGAAUACCGGAGAAGAGGGAUGGAUUUUGUUCUCGAAGCGAUUAAUCAUCCUACCUAUUUGGAGGAUCUCACUGGAUUAACUGAGCUGAUGAAGACGGCAAGUUCUUUUCAGCUGGACUGGGAUAAUGAUAUCGAUGAGGAUGGCGAAGGCGACGAUGAUUGUGUCGAAAUCUGAUGUUAUCCUACUCUCUAACUUAAUCAACACUCUGGAUUUUGCAUCGACCUUCGUCAACUGUACAGAAUCUGGGAACACGUCUAUCCAAAUUCAUGUUCUUUAUUAGCUUGGCCAAGUGUUAUGAUCUUCAACAGAUUGGUUUAUUCAGUAUAUGUGUCCUUUAAACAUGCAUGGUUCAAACCCGCUCAAGUUACUAUCUUUUAUGCAUUUUAGAACUAGGGAAAAAAAUAUUUUUUAGACAGUUGACCUUAAAUGAGAGGCUGGUACAUUAUAUUUAUACGACAAUAAGGAAUCUACUUGAAAGAUCAUUAUUUGUUAGUGUUGGGAACGAACGGGCGGCAGGCCUACCCGCUUCCGACCCGGAACCUCAAUCUGUUGUCUGGGUUGUCCUGGUUUCCUCUUUUCAGAUGUUACUAUCUAUGAGAGUGGUGGCGUGUAAACGUGUCUCAUCCGAU